AUGAGGCGAGCGUUCACAGCCCAGGACGGCAGUGCGAAGCUUCUGCGAAGCGAAUCCUCGCUGAUAUCCUGCGAGUGUCUUGAGAAGACUCUUGGAAUCGUUAUAAUCGUUGCUAUCACGUUCAUUCGGGAAGAUCCCGCUAUCGUUCACUUCUACGCGCGUGUCAUCGAUUUCGAGGGUCUCUGGGAACGAAGCAUCAUUGGUCUUGCAUUGACCCAAUGCAAGCAAGUUGAAGAUUUGAGGAGCGUUCUUCCCCGAGAAAUCCUAUUCCGACAUCCUCGAGAUGUUCGGUCAAAUCAGACUCCGAUCCGCUCAACGGGAGAAGGCGAACGCUGAUAGGAAGAAAUUGGACCAGUUAUAUCUACGUUAUCGUGAUUCGGGGGAAGACAAGAUUGCGGUCGAGGGUGUGAGGAAGUUGCUCGAGGAUCUGCGACUAGAACCAGAUAAUAAGCAGGUCCUCCUACUGGCGUGGAAGUGGAAGGCCGCGGUCCAGUGCGAGUUCUCGAGAGAAGAAUUCUAUGGAGGCAUGGCGGAGAUGGGAUGCGAUAGCAUCGAAAUUAAGUCGAAGUUGAUCCUAUCGGAGAUGGAGAUCAACGACGGUCGAAAGUUUAGGGAUUUUUACAACUUCACCUUCAACUACGCAAAGAACCCGAACCAAAAAGUCUCGGUAAAACUGGACAUGGCGCUAGCGUACUGGAACAUCGUCCUGGCGGGUCGUUUCCGACUCCUACCGCAGUGGUGUGAAUUUUUGGAGGGCAAUCACAGCCGCUCUAUACCUCGAGACACAUGGAACCUACUAUUGGAUUUCUCCGCCACCAUAAAAGAUGAUCUGACAAAUUAUGAUCAGGAAGGUGCGUGGCCCGUUCUCAUAGACGAGUUCGUCGAUUGGCAACGAGCAAAACUCGCUAAAAAUAGCUGAGCUUUUUUAGGCGGAAAUAGAUCUUCAAAGAAAGAUGUGAAUGUUUUUAAAAUAAGAUCUACUCAGUAUCGAGCCUAUAAUGAUGCAGAGGGGAAACAUCGUUCAGAUGCAGUCGGAUUACCGAGAACGGCUCGGUGAUGCACCCCCAUGGCUGUAAGGGUGCAAGUGUAUAUUUCGAUGUCCGACGUUGUGAAUAAUGAUAAUAAAUUGACCAGCCGA